UUGUACAUACAUUUUGACGUUUUUGAAUGAAACUUGUGCAAAAUUUUACAUUAUUGGCAAAAGUGAGCUGCCUGCAUGCAAAACUUUAUUACUUGAGACGCUAAAAGUUUUUGGUUUUUCGGUGUAUGUCAAGUGUACAUAAUAUGCCACACUAGUUGAGAUGCUCUUGUUUCUACAAGUGUAAAAAUUAGCACAAACGCCUUCUUCAAGUGUUCCAUUAUUCAUAGCCUUCCGCUGGCAAUUUGAGCAACGUCGCUAAUUUGAAGAAAAUAAGAGUAAUGCCGUUCUUCAAAGGAACACGCCCAGUGCAAGGAGUCGCUGAGAAUCAGCACAAACCAAUUAGACGGUUCAAAAGCUUAUCUGGAGCUCUAAACACAAUCCAUCACGCGUAUGAAAAACGAUUUUCAAAACGAAACAAAACGAGAUCAAACUCAUUAGAAACAGACACAAAAUCCGAGGGAAGUGGAAGUGAAAAGAUUCAUGAGAACGAAGUUGGAGAAGGGUUGGAAGAUUUUGAAGAUUCGGCAGAGUCCGAAAUGGACAUAAAGUUGGAGAUGAACGGUAAAAUUGAGAGGAGUGGGCCGCGCUACGUCAGCAAGACCAAUCAACCGCAUGUAUCAGUUUUAAAGAAAUCUCAGAACCUGCAGAAUCCUAAGGUUACUAUUUCAGAUUCAAAAUCACAAUCACCACCAGAAACUCCAAAGCGUACCAAGAAAUUCGUAGAAGCUCAAAAACUAGAAGCACAAAAAGAUAAAAAGAAGCAGCGCGCACGAAGCGCAAGCAUUGUGUGGGUGGACUAUAUGACACAGGACGAUGUGUCUACAAACGAUGAUGCUGGAAGAUACGACGACCGUGGGAACGAAGCCGACCUUUCGCGUAAAUCAUUGUCGUCAGAACAAGCUGGUGCAAAAAGGCAAACUUGGUUUACAGAAGCUGACGCUGCGACAGUGCCAGACGAUUCAGAUUGUGAUGAAUCAAGUUGUGAAGUAAACAGAUAUCCAAGAAAAGAUUCGAUGGCACCCUCGCUUUCACUUAGAAAUUCCACUAUUAAGACUCCCGAACCAGAACAGCCUCAUCGAAAUGUGGACGACCUCAUAUUUGACAUGUUUCAAGAUAAGGACGCAGAUGUUGUUUUGGUUGGAAAUUUACUUGCCGCCUUAGAGAAAACUGGUUUGCGGAGAUCCGACCCACGACUUUUAGAGUUGUUUGAAAAUUUGAAGCGAGUUCACGCUGAGCAGGAGAAAGCAUUUCCUAAAAAGAACAUUGGAUCAAUUGAAACGUUAACCUUGGAUCGGGAGACCUUCAAAACUGUUAUCACUGACAAUAUUGUCCUUAUAUCUCGUGCAUUUAGACAACAGUUCAUAAUACCAGAGUUUCAGCAGUUUUGUAAAACAAUUGAAGAAAUGUUCAUCAAGAUGAAAUCAGUGACUGGCGGAAAAGUUGCACAGUAUAUUCCCCAACUGGCUCGUAUGGAUAAGAAUUACUGGGCCGUUUCCAUUUGCAGCAUUGAUGGGCAACGCCAUUCCAUCGGACAAACUACUAUCCCGUUCACUCUUCAGUCUUGUUCUAAACCUCUGACGUAUGCCAUUGCUCUCAAUGAGCUUGGAUCUGAGACGGUCCACCAAUAUGUUGGCCAAGAACCAUCAGGGAGAAUGUUUAAUGAGUUAGUCUUGGACUACAAUAAAAAGCCACAUAAUCCUAUGGUCAAUGCUGGAGCGAUUAUUGUCUGCUCCUUACUAAAAACAAUGGUCCGACCAGAGCUGACAUUGGCCGAGAAAUUCGAUUAUACACUGCAAUAUUUCAAAAGAAUGGGCGGUGGAGAGUACGUAGGGUUCAACAACUCAACAUUUUUGUCUGAAAGGGAGUGUGCCGAUAGAAACUAUGCUCUUGGCUUUUAUAUGCGUGAACACAAAUGUUUCCCUGAAGGAACAAACUUGAAGGAAUGUCUCGAUUAUUAUUUUCAGUGUUGUAGUAUGGAAACAAAUUGCGAAACCACGGCUGUGAUGGCUGCGACAUUAGCCAAUGGUGGAAUAUGCCCUAUUAGUGGGGAAAAGGUGCUGAAAUCAGAUUCUGUUAGAGAUGUUCUAUCCCUCAUGCACAGUUGUGGAAUGUACGACUACUCUGGACAAUUUGCAUUUAAGGUCGGGCUACCUGCAAAAUCGGGUGUUAGUGGAUGCAUUAUUUUGGUGGUACCAAACGUGUUGGGAAUGUGUAUCUGGAGUCCUCCACUGGACGUCCUUGGCAAUACUUUCCGAGGUGUUGCCUUUUGCCAGGAACUAGUUGAAAUUUUCAACUUCCAUAAGUAUGACAACUUGAGGCAUGCAUCACAUAAACUAGACCCCAGACGCCAUAGGUACGAAACAAAGGGGUUGAAUAUCGUGAAUCUCUUGUUCUCUGCGGCAUCCGGCGAUGUGACAUCCAUGAGAAGACACCAUUUGUCUGGAAUGGACAUGUCGGCUGGUGAUUAUGAUGGGCGAACAGCGUUGCAUUUGGCCGCAGCAGAAGGUCAUUUGGAGUGCGUGGAAUAUCUUCUUCGGCACUGUCAUGUGAGCCACAAACCCUUAGACAGAUGGGGACAUUUACCAUUGGACGAUGCUGAACGAUUUGGACAUGAGGAUGUUUCAGCAUUUUUGAAGCAAUGGAACACUGAUAAUCCUAGCGUGUAAUAUAAAUUUAGGAACUGACUAAUUAAAGAACAAAUCAAUAAGCGUGGUAGCCAACCUUGUAUACCUCCCAGCCCACACCUAAUGGUAGAUUCGAUCAUAUGUAUAUAAUUAGUAAUUUUCCUAAAUACCUAAAACAUUUAAAUUUCACGAAUCUGCCAUAAGAAUAACAUCGAGUUCAUUCCGUCAUGUAAAUUUCCACAAGUUUUUUUCUUUAUUUGGUGAGAUGUCAUUGCAUGUGUAUGUGUGCGCACUCUUACCUACAGUCAAAACUUGUGAUGUCGUUUUAAGCAAUUAAGGUUGUUAUUGUUCCGCUCUUGGUAAAGUGGUGACAGAAUUUCAUGCACAAUACAUAUGUACAUAUGGUGACAUCAUAAUAUAAUUGUCUGCUCCUAUCAGAAAUUGUUUAUCUAAUUAUGAUAUGUCCGCCUGGAUGAUGAUUAAUGUAUGCAUGUGAGUCCGAGAACAUGAAAAGUCAAAAAAAUUAAAAAGUGCUAAAUCUGACAAUAAUGAAUUUGAGAGCACAAAGUCAAUUACUGUAGACGGUGUAUCAAUAUCAUUAUACACGAGGGCAAUAAACAUAGAUUCUUAAAAAAACGAAA